AUGACAGAAGUGAAAGGAACUCCCAUCAUUAAAGGUUCACGAACAAUGCAAAUAACUGGUUUAUAUAAAGGACGGGUAAUUAUUAUAAAAGACUCUUACAGUGUUAUAAAUAAGAAGCUUAAACUAUUUCCUGCUAUGUUUAACUUACAAACAGGACCGAAAGAAGUAUUUCCAUAUAACUACUACAGCAGUGUUUUGUUAGCAAAUGACAACAGAACUGGUGUCAUUUCUGAAGCAUGUAAGUUUGUCAAGGAUGCAGAUACAUUUAUGAAGAACAUAGAUUCCAUUAAAGGUUGCAGAAUAGAUGAGAACCACUUCGACUUAGAAAAAUAUAGCACGUUUUACUGCAAACAAGAUGUAAGAAUUUUAAGAGAAGGUUUUGUAAAGUUCCGCAAUGACUUAUUGAAAGAGUUUGAUUUAAACGUUUAUGACUACGUUAGUAUUUGUUCUAUUGCUAACAAAUUGUUUGAGAACAGAGUGUACUUCCCGAAUGGAAAUCUUUAUGACCUCUCAAAUAAACCAAGAGAAUUUAUUUCGAGAUGCAUUCAAGGUGGAAGAUGUAUGUUGUCAGAUAACAUUAAACAAAAGAGCAAAAAGAAACUCAUUGCUGACUUCGACGCUGUUUCAUUAUAUCCAUCAGCUAUAGCAAGACUUUAUACUUUAGAAGGAAUUCCAAAAGUAUUGAAGGAUGAGAUGUUAAGCACAGAGUAUCUCAUGAGACAUUUAUUCGAUGAUGACCAAAAGGAACCCAUUGGUGAAAAGUUUAUGUCUGGCUUCUUUGUUCUCAUUAAGAUAACAGAGAUUGGAAUACAUAGACACUUUCCUUUAAUAGUUUGUGACCCUGAACUAAAUCCAGAACUUAAC